AUGGUAGACUUUAUUCUAAGCUUUUAUGAAGGCUUAAUUCCAACUGAUAGGUCAUGGGCAGAUGCUGCAAGUGGAGGAUCUUUCUUAGACAGGUCACCAGAAGAUGGGAUAGAUUUAAUAGAACGGAAGGCAAUAGACAAUCAACAGUAUGGAACAAGAGAAAACUCAGUGACUUUGUUGCAAGGAGUGCAUGAAAUUGAAAAUGGGGUAGUUGAUGGAAGGAGGAUAGAGGAAAGAUUGAAUAAUCUAGAAAGCAAACUCAACAAGAUUGCAAGUUUGUUUAAACCCUCUACACCACAAAUUGCUAAGAAGUGUGGAAUUUGCAUUUCAACUGAUCACUACACUGAUGAAUGUCCUAGCUUGAUGGAAAUUACUAUGGAAAACUCAUCCCAAGCUUUUGCUGCGAACACGUUUGGAGGAAAUAGACAAUACCAAAAUUAUCAUGAUUCAUCCUCCAAUAGGUAUCAACAGAACAUGCAACCUUAUGUUCCACCUCAACAAAGGCACCAAUUUCAACCUGAAAUGUCAUUGCAAGAUUUCAUGAAGAAAAUGCUUGAGCAAAAUUCAGAAAUCAAGAAAUCAAUUGUAGAUUUGACUCAAAGGGUGGAAAAGUUAGAGGCUAAGGAAUCAAAUAAGUUGUCUGCACAAACAAUGAUCAACCCGCAAAAUGUAAGUGCUAUUACUCUAAGAACGGGUAAGCAAGUACAAGGCCUUGAUGGAGCCCAAGAGGAUGAAGACAAGGAGAAAGAAAUAGCACAAAUUGAUGACAAUGGAGGACCAAAUGAACCAUCACCUGAGACUACCACUGAGAAAUCCAGGUUAAUAUCCUCUAACUCUUCUUCUUCUCAAAAUUCCUCUUCAUCUUAUUCUCCACCACCUCCAUAUCCCAAUCGGUUGAAGCCGAAAAACAAAAAAACGGAGGAAUUAGACCAAGAGAUCUUGAAUAUUUUCAAAAAGGUGGAGAUCAACAUUCCCUUGCUGGAUGUUGUUAAGCAAAUCCCUAAAUACACCAAGUUUUUGAAAGAAAUUUGCACAAAUAGAAGGCGUUUUAGGGAUAAUGAGGUUGUGAAUUUAAGAAGAAAUGUGUCAAGCUUGAUUAAGAAUCAUAUUGAAAUACCGCGAAAAUGCAAGGAUCCAGGUAUGUUUUCUAUUCCUUGUGUUAUUGGAAAUUCAAAGUUUGACAAUGCCAUGUUAGAUUUAGGGGCGUUCAUAAAUGUAAUGCCUUUAUCAGUGUUUACUUCUCUAUCUCUGGGACCUCUUAAGAAUACUGGUGUGGUCAUUCAACUGGCCAACCAUAGCAUAGUUAACCCUGCAGGUUUGCUUGAGGACGUGCUUGUCCAAGUAGACAAGUUAAUUUUUCCUGCAGAUUUCUAUAUCUUGGACAUGAAGGAUGAAGAAGGAACUAGUCCAACAACUAUUAUCUUGGGAAGACCCUUCAUGAUGACANCACGAACCAAGAUAGAUGUGCAUGCAGGAUCAUUGACAAUGGAGAUAGGAGACNAGANANUGNGCUUCAANGUAUUGGAAUCUGGGAAGCAUCCGAUUAAAGAUCAUUCUUUGUUUUGUAUUGACUUAUCAAGUGAUGCUAAACCAAUGAGACAACCUCAAGGAAGACUCAAUUCUCAACUAGUGGGGGUUGUAAAGAAAAGGGACACCAAGCUGCUACAAACAGGUAUUAUAGACCAUAAUUCUGACAACAUUUGGGUGGGCCCUAUGCAUGCGGUCCCGAAGAAAGGUGGAAUCACAAUGGUCGAGGAUGGGAAGGACAAGUUGUCUACUAUUCAAGACAGAAGUGGGGCACACAAUUUAGUAGUUGACCAUCUUAGUAGGAUUGAGAAGGGAAGAGUUCACAUUCCGAUCCAGGAUGACUUUUCCGAUGAAGUCCUACUAGCAUUCCUUCCACCAUGA